AUGGCGAACGCGAAUGUGGAAGACGACUAUGGUGAAGAUAAUCUUAUUUUAGACGAGGAAUUGUUGUUUUUAUCGGAGAUCGAUGAUCUAGAGUUAGGGCCAGACGAGUGGGAAAUUGGAAUGACUGCUCUUUUUUUUACUUUUACAGUCAGACCACAUUCAUCAGUGAGCAUCGAAGAUCUCCUUCCGAGGGCAACAGAAAUUCUUCUGCACUCCUUGGAUACAGAGCUUGAAAAGAUCAUUUCUACUCCGAUUGAGGCGGAAAUAUCUGCCUUGGUUUUGAAAAUCAAAGAACAGCCAAUCAGCCAGCUACAAGAUAUUUUUGCAACCAUUUUGAAGAGUGUGUGGGAGGUGACAGAGAGAGGAAGGCAUCUGGCUGUAGGGUCAUCUUCCAACGCUGUAUUAUGGAAAGGUUUCCAUGAGUUACGACUAAACGAUGGACUGACAACAAAAUGGCAGGAAUUUGUUGUAGGCCUUGAUGUCGAAAUUUCAGAAUUUUCAAUUGGAUUUCUUCUACAAGGAGUGCUCGAAGGUACUGUAAAGACGAUUUUAGGAAUAAGGAAUGAACUCAAAGUGCAUGAGACAGCUUCAAGAGAGGAAUUUUCCGCUCACGAAGAACAGGUGCUUCGUUAUGUAGCAGGCUUUGUGCCCUUCGCUCUAAGGAAGAGGUACCGGAGGCAGAAGUCGCAGGUGGCUCGUGAAUUUGUGAGAUUUCUGGAUGGGCUACGAGCAAAGGAAGACGCUCAUACGCAGGCAGACUCCUUUCUUGCUUACACUUCAGUCUGGACAACUGUCCAGAAUCGUGGAGGACUUUUUGAGGUGCACGACGAGUGUUACAAGCUUUUCCGUGCCAUGGAAUUAGAAACAAGAAAACAUGUCAGCGAUGAACUUCUCCUGCAAGGAAGGGCAGAGCCCAUUAAGGACAUACUCCAUGGGGCUGUCUUGAACAAUAUGCAUGUGCUCAACAUGUGGAACAGGAUUCAAGGAUGUGACCUGCCUCAUGGGGAUGAACUGCUUAAAACCAUGGUGCGCUAUUGGGUGGAGAUUAGGCUGCGUGCAUAUGUGAAAUUGUUCAUGGACAAGAGAAGAGAUGAAGUGAAGGCAAGCAAACGAGAAAAGGGACUUCGGAAGAAACUCAAGGAGCAAAGAAAGUGAAUAGAAAAUGUUGAAUGUUCACAUUCAUGAUAUGUGAAAAGAACAGAUGUAUUUGCAAUUCAAUAAUAUGGGUGGGCUAGCCAGAGAUGUGUUUUUUCCUGUCUCGGAAAAUAAAACCUACUUUUACACGUAGAAAGGAAUAUUGAGUUAUUUCAUUGUAUUGUUUAUAUUGAAAGACGUAAUACAUUUAAGUCUCGCAUGUAAGAUAUACAUAGACAAUUUUACUUGUACAUGACAGUGACACCCUAAAAUGCCUGCAUGUGUUCUUAAAAUGAGAUAGGAUGAGGUGAGAUUAUUUGUAGUAUCUGGUGGCGCAAGUAGUUACAAAAUAUAUGUGCACGUAUCUUGAAAUGCAAUUUAUUUCCAACAUGUAUAGUGUGCUAUUUUAGUAUUGAUUCUGUUAUUUCUGAUCAAUUAUUACUUUGUAUGGAAAUCAAAAUUUAAAUGUACUUGUAAAACCAAAGUUAAUUAGCAAAAAUAGAUCUUGCUUUAUUUGAUAUUAUUUAUGAGUCACAUGUACAUGCAAGGAGAUGAUAUCUCCUUGGUUAAACCCUGUAGGUGACACACUGGGUGUAUCUAUUCCCCAAAGCAUAAAGGAAAAGAUUUGGAAAGGGGAGUACGUAGAUCUAAAACUUCUAGUAAACGCCCCAGAUGUAGCCUCCAACACACUGCGCGAAGCAGCAGAACAGAGAACUAAUCUGGCGAUAGCCGAUGAGGAAGGGAAAUGGGUGUUAAAACCCUACAAUGCCCCCUCCAAAAACAAAAUCAUGUCCAUUGAAAAAUGGACGAAUGCCUUCCUAAUAUACAUGAGCGUUUAUCUGGCAGCAAAUCCAUGACACACUCGUGAAAUUCUGAAGUACUGUCACCUCACCCGUUCUGCUGCUUCACGCUACCACGGAUAUGGUUGGAGGGACUGCGACAUAGAAUUUCGGCACCGAUUUCAUGCCCCAGGAGGUUCUUGGGCGGAGAUAAACGGGGAGUUGUGGCUCCUCCAUGUAGUAGGGGGUGGAUCUCCGCGUUCGGCAAGGGGCCCUGCCCCCAUUCAUCAACAAUGGGUAAACAAAGAGGGCAAACGCCCAGGCACGCCAGCUGCAAAUCUCGGACCGGCUAGGAAAAAGGGCCCUCAAUACUCACAAUAACAGGCAACCACUU